GCGAUAGUAUCGCAGACACCUGUCACGCGGCCAUCACUAACACCAACUGCUAUUGUGAACUAACAAUUGUCACUUUUCCGCACGAAAGUUAGCAUUUGCCAAGGAAAAAAAGAUGCUGUCGCAAUCCCUGCUGAGUGGCAUGCGUGUCCUGCGCACAGAGGCGCGCCGUAACUUUGGAAUCGUCGCCCCCGCCCUGAACAAGGCCUCCGAUCCCAUCCAGCAGCUGUUCCUGGACAAAGUGCGCGAGUACAAGCAGAAGAGCGCUGGGGGUAAGCUGGUGGACUCCAAUCCCGACAUUGAGCGGGAGCUGAAGACCGAACUGGACCGUGUGGCCAAGCAGUUUGGCAGCGAUGGCAAGACCGACAUGCUGAAGUUCCCCGAGUUCCAGUUCCCCGAUGUUAAGGUGGACCCCAUCACCCAGGCACCGCAGUAGAGAUCGCUCCUCGCGAAUGAGUUAGUGUAAUUGCUUUAAGUUCAGCUGCCCACGAAAACGCGGGCGCGUCAACAAAAAUCAAUAAAAUCGGGAAAACAACAAGCGACUCGUACGAGAAACCCAUUAAAA